UUUAACGUUUUCGUCUUCAAAGUUCAAACCCAAACCAAGCAUCACAAUUCUUCUGAUCAUCCAUGACUACUGAGCUAGCUGAGUAACAGUUUCCACAGUAUUUAAGAAGCUCAACAUUCUCUGUUUUUUUUUUUAUGAAAGCUAGCCGGUGAUGGCUGCGUCAUCCUCAAGACUUCGGGUGGGUUACCGAUUCGACCCCAGAGAGCUUCCGGUGGGUUACCGAUUCCACCCAACAGAGGAGGAGCUGGUCGGUUACUUCCUCAAGAAGAAGAUACAAGGCCACGACUUCGACGACGUCAUCCCGGAAAUAGACAUCUGCAACUACGAGCCUUGGGAUUUGCCCGAGUUGUCACCGAUGAGGCCGGAUGAUGAGGAGUGGUUCUACUUUAGUCGACCGGAGUACAAGUCCGGCAAGAAAGGGGGCCGGACCAACCGGACCACCCGUAGAGGGUUUUGGAAGAUUACUGCGAAACAACCUGAAAUAAAAGCUAGGGAGUCUAGGGCUGUGAUUGGGAAGAAGAGGAUUAUGACUUUCUAUACUGGGAAAGCUCGGAAUGAGCAGAGGACCAGUUGGGGGAUUCAUGAGUACUACAUACCUGAAACUCUGCUUCCUAAUGCUGCUAGGCAGAGGGACUUUGUUCUCUGUCGCUUGAAGAAAAAAGAUGAGAGUACUAAUAUUGGAGCCUAUGAUGAAGGUGAACCUAGCACUAACAACGCAUCUGAUUUUCAGAAUCUCAUGGAAGUUUUUGGUAGGCAAAGUAUUCCAGAGGAUUUGCAGAUCACAUUGCAGGAAAAUACUCGGCGGCCUGAAGAAAUUUUUGAUACACUCUUUCCCUCUCUUGAGUCACCUCAAUUACAUAAUUUCUCCUCCAUGCUGGGAGACAAUUUUCUGCAUGCAAAUGCCGUUAGUGAUGACCACCUUGAGCUGCAAUCUGCAUUUCGACAUGAUGAUUCGGAAGAUGAGGAAUUCAACGUGAACUCAUAUUUGGUUGACGAUGGUGAUUACUCCUUGGAAGAAACAUCACGCACUACUCGGCUCAACCACUCAAGCGAGCCAAAGUCGGUGCUUAAGGUGUAUGAUGAGGGUAUACAUCAACAGAGCAUGAGUUCACCUGUUGCUUCAAGCCUGCCCAUACGAGAUACAAAUGUUAUGCUUCUUAAGUUCUCGCAGAAGAAUGCUUCCCCUGUCAACGUUGCAGCUAACUUACCUCGGAAAGAGCUGCAGGCUGACUUUGGCAAUGAUAUGCUUUUGAGGACCUUGGUCACUGAUAAAAGUUCUUUAAAUGAAAGCGGGCGCAGGAAAGGUGGCAUAUUUAUAACUGAAAGAGCAGAAAAACAAUCAGGACCGGCAGCAUUUCCUCAUCAACCAGAUGACUACAUAACUCAGAGAAGGAUGAGGCUUGCAACUGCACAAUCAGAUGCAUCAAGUAUAAAACAAGGACAUAAUCCACAGAAAGUCAAGAACGAAAGCAAGUUGCCCGAGAAGCCUAUGGCGCCUCCAAGCAAUGAUAAAGAAGAGAGUAUGAAACAGAAACAAACUGGAACAACCAUCAGCGAUUGGAAGAGUUCGUUCAUUGUCUGGAAGGAAUCCCCAUUAAGCCUUAGAUCAUAUCCCCCAGUAGUAUACACUUGUUACAUGAUAGUAGGCUUGAUUUUGUUCAUAUUUUUUGUUGGGGAACUAAUUUCAUAUGGGAAGUGGUACUAGACUCGCCAGAAAAUAGUCGACUUUCGAUUGUUCUGUCACACGUGUAGUCAACUAGUUAUUCCAGUCUUACAGGGCGAACUUUUUUUAAUUACGUCCCUAUGGGUUAACUUUUGGAGAAAGUUUAGGGGACUUUUGUUCUUAUGGAUUAAGGACCCAUUUCGUUUC